ACAUCACAGGCCGAGCAUGGGGUGUUCCCGACGCGACGCGUCGCCGCUGACGGAAGUGCAGAAAGCUUGUGUUGUUGUGCUCGGCUUGUGUCAUGUACGGCGGUCUGUGAGAUGAGCGGUGAGAUCGUGUCAUGACAUCCGUGCGCAUUAUGGCAGCUCUAUCGGGUCAGAGCGAUGAACCCGUCGAACCGGACCAGUCCCUGCAGCACAUGCUGAAGGCAAUCGCGGACGAGCGGAACCGCCUGAGCGUCAGACAGGACCUCAGCGGACUGGGGUGCUUCAAGGAUGACCGCAUAGUGUUCUGGACAUGGAUGUUCUCCACAUACUUCAUGGAGAAAUGGGCACCACGUCAGGAUGAUAUGCUUUUCUAUGUGCGCCGCAAGCUCUCUUACGUCAGUGAAGACAACACAGAAGGGAAGAAGGUGGAGGUUGAGGUUUACAGAAGAGACUCUAAAAAGCUGCCUGGACUUGGUGAUCCUGACAUCGACUGGGAGGAGAGCGUCUAUCUCAAUCUCAUCCUGCAGAAUCUGGACUAUGUGGUCACAUGUGCAGUUUGCACACGCUCAGAUGCAGGAGACAUCCACAUCCACAAAAAGAAAUCCCAGCAAGUGUUUGCCUCUCCAAGCAAACACCCAAUGGACAGCAAAGGGGAGGAGUCAAAAAUUAGCUACCCCAACAUCUUCUUCAUGAUUGACAACUUUGAGGAGGUGUUCAGCGAUAUGACUGUUGGAGAAGGUGAGAUGGUAUGUGUGGAGCUGGUGGCCAGUGACAAAAGCAACACAUUCCAGGGCGUCAUCUUCCAGGGCUCUAUCCGCUACGAGGCCCUAAAGAAGGUCUAUGAUAACCGGGUAAGUGUGGCAGCUAAGAUGGCCCAGCGGAUGUCAUUCGGCUUCUACAAGUACAACAACAUGGAGUUUGUGCGGAUGAAAGGUCCUCAGGGGAAAGGUCAUGCUGAGAUGGCUGUGAGUCGAGUGCCCACUGGAGACACCUCACCCUGCGGCACUGAAGAGGACCAAGACUCCCCUCUUCACGAGAGGGUCAGUUAAACCCAUUUUCUGUUC